AUAUAUUUCUUCUGAAUCACACCUGAUAAAGGCUUACGGAUUCGUAGACAUGAAUUAUGAUAAGGAAUCAUCAUUGGUAGAAGAGAAACUUGGCUCAUAUUACUUCUUCAUCCCUCAAGAUGAUUCUUUGUCGAAGCAACAUUAUUCUUAGUUCUUACACGCAGUAGUAGUGCAAUUGCACUGAUAUAAACAGCGCUGAGCUUAAUUUGUGUAAAUAAAAAAGGCCAGAAGUACAACUUUGCUUGAUUGACUACCAAGGGAGCCUGACUUGGCCCCCGAAGCAAGUUGGUGAAUGCAAAUGUCUGGGUGAGUAUUAUGGCCAUAACAUUGUACAAUUUAAGAUUUUAUGCUGUAUAAUUUUCCCUGUUUGUCUGGCUGGAAAAAAAGGCUUCUGCUGAUGCUGAUGCUGAUUUUUUUGUGAGAGAAAAAUGCUGUUCCAUGGUUGAAAAGCAGUGCUGAUAAGUUCAAGAAUGAGUCCACAUCUCAAUAUCCAUUUGGAGUAUUACUCAUGCAAAAGCAGUGCUACAAAAAUGAGUCCAAAGUGGAAAUCAACCCUGUUGAGGGAUGAUGAAAAAUGUUGAAUGAUUUUUUCUUCUUCUAUGUCUUUUCUGCAAACCAGUCAUGUUGUAAUCUAAUCCACAGUCCACAGACUCUUGUUUUUCAGUUAAUCUUUGUAGGCAUCACAUAAAUAUUUGACUUCUAGCAUUUCUGAUGCUUUAGCAUAUUUAUUUUACAGGUUGAGUUGAGUGAGUUUGAUAGUUGUUCCAUAUUAUCAUCUACCCUGGUUUGGGACGAUUCUAUGUCUCAUACGUUUGAGGAUGCGGUUUCUUUAUUUGAAUCUUGUUUUAAUCAGAUACAAAAUAGCUAUGAUUCUUCAGCUAGCAUUUCUCACAAAGGCUUGGUACCAAGUUACAUUUCUGGAGAUGCACAUUUGUCAGAGACUGGAAAUGCUCAGUUGGUGUAUUUGGAUACAGAAGUGCUAGCCUCAAUAGAUGCCAAAGCUAGUGUGCAAAAGGAGAACUUUCUGACUUCUGAUCGGUCAUUUGUUAGAUUUUCACCACAGUUAUUCCUUUAUUCAAACAUGGAGUUAUAUUUGCAACGCAACACCAUUGAAUCUUUCAUCAAGAGUUGCUCUAACAUAAAUUUGGCAUGGGCAUCCCUCAUAGUUGAAGAAUGUGUUAGGCUCGGUUUCACGUACUUUUGUAUAGCUCCAGGGUCGAGAUCAUCCCCGCUUGCACUUUCUGCUACAGGCCAUCCUUUGACAAAAUGCAUAUCAUGUUAUGAUGAACGUUCACUUGGAUUUCAUGCUCUUGGCUAUGGGAGAGGUUCUCGAAAACCAGCAGUAGUAAUCACAUCAUCAGGAACCGCUGUAUCAAAUCUUCUUCCUUCAGUGGUUGAGGCAAGUCAAGAUUUCGUACCAAUUAUAUUACUCACAGCUGACCGUCCUCCUGAGUUGCAUGAUGCUGGAGCUAACCAAGCCAUCAAUCAGGUCAAUCAUUUUGGUACCUUUGUAAGAUAUUUUUUUAAUCUCCCUCCACCUGGAGACCAAAUACAUGCAAGAAUGGUUCUCACUACACUUGAUUCAGCAGCCUACUAUGCAAUGCAAGCACCACAAGGCCCAGUGCAUAUAAACUGUGCUUUUAGAGAACCACUAGAUUACACUAAUCAACAUUGGAAUGUCGACUGUUUGCGAGGUUUGGAUAAGUGGUUUAAAAAUAGCGAACCAUAUACUAGAUACCUAAGAAUGAAAACAGUUUCUGCAUUCGGUAAUUACUCUUGCUCAGUAAUGGAGGUCCUGGAGAUCAUAGAGAAGGCAGAACAAGGUCUUCUUUUAGUGGGUGCUAUUCAUACGGAUGAAGAUAUGUGGGCUGUAGCUUUACUAGCCAGGCACCUAUCCUGGCCAGUUGCUACAGAUAUUCUGUCUGGACUGCGAUUGCGGAAAGUUGUAAAUUCAUUGCCAGGGUUUGAUAAGAACAUUUUGUUUAUAGACCACAUUGAUCAAAUUCUAUUGUCUGAUUCUGCUAAAAACUGGAUAAGCCCGGAUGUCAUUCUUCAGAUUGGUAGCCGUAUUACUAGCAAACGAGUGGGAAUGUUUCUAGAGACAUCCUUCCCAUCUUCCUACAUCUUGAUCGAUAGACAUCCGUGUCGUCAUGAUCCUUCACAUAUUGUCACUCACAGAAUACAAGCUAAUGUAGCAGAAUUUGCUGCUAGUUUGCGCCGGUGUACUUUUCAAAGAAAGAGAAGCAGAUGGACAGAAAUUUUGACCAUUCUUAACUCAGUGGUUUCUCAGGAGAUAAUGUUUCAGAUACAUGCAAAGUGCUCACUUACAGAACCAUAUGUUGCUCAUGUAAUAGGGGAGUCACUUUGUGGUGAUGCUGUCAUGUUUGUUGGGAACAGCAUGGUCAUCCGAGACUUAGACAUGUUUGGCAACGGUUGGAUGGAUUACACUACAAAUGGAAAUAAUGUGAUGACGCAUCAUUUGCCAGACUUUGUUGGCACAGCAGUGGCUGGGAACAGAGGAGCAAGUGGCAUUGAUGGUUUAAUCAGCACAGCAAUCGGAUUUGCUGUUGGAUCAAACAAGCAUGUAUUCUGUGUGGUUGGUGACAUAUCUUUUCUUCAUGAUACAAAUGGAUUGUCACUUCUCAACCAAAGGGCAUGGAGGAAACCUAUGACAAUAAUUGUUGUCAACAACCAUGGUGGUGCAAUCUUCAGCUUUCUACCAGUUGCAAAAACUACUUCACCACAGAUUUUGGAGAAAUUCUUCUACACCUCUCAUGACAUAUCAAUUUCCGAACUAUGUUCUGCACACAGGGUAAAACAUUUUCGUGUUCAAACAAAAGAGGAGCUUCAUGAUGCAUUGGUGAAAUCCAAUAUGGAACAGGUUGAUUGUGUGGUAGAAGUAGACAAUAGUAUUGAUAGCAAUGCCAACUUUCAUAGGAUCAUGAGCAUGUUCUCUAACUAUUCUACAAGUCAGUAUCUGGCCUAUCUUCUAGAAGCUCCAUGUCUUAAGAGUGACGUAGAUGCCAUACCUGUUGACAGAAUUGAUGCAGUGGAAUGCAUGUUGUACAGAAUCCAGCUUUCUGCACCACGUACUUCAGGGCUAUCUGAUGGUAGAUUCAUUCAUGAAGGAUUUGUUCUGAAGCUUCGUGUGGAUGAUAACAUUGUAGGAUUUGGAGAGGUUGCACCAAUUGAAAUUCAUGAGGAGGAUCUGUUGGAUGUCGAAGAGCAACUUAGGUUUCUUCUCCACAGGGUGAAAGAUUCUAUGCUAGAUUUUAUUCCCUUACUGAGAGGGUCCUUUUCCAAUUGGAUAUGGACAAGCCUUGGGAUUCCUCCUUCUUCGAUAUUCCCAAGUGUUAAAUGCGGUUUGGAGAUGGCUAUUCUUAAUUUACUUGCAUCACAACGGAAAUGUAGUUUGUUCAAAGUUCUAGCUGGUUGUGACCCCUUGGGCCGAGACGAGAAUGUUAUUGAAUAUAAUCAGAACAGUUCUGGAAGCAUACAAAUUUGUGCACUCGUAGAUUGCAAUGGCUCUCCAAUGGAAGUGGCACUUGCUGUUGCCAAACUGGCUGCUGAAGGUUUUACCACAUUUAAGCUGAAGGUUGGCCGCCGUGAAAGCCCCAUUGAGGAUGCGGCUGCUCUUCACAAAAUAAGAGAAGUUGUAGGGUACCAGAUCAAUAUCCGUGUUGAUGCAAAUAAAAAAUGGACAUAUGAACAGGCAGUUGAAUUUGGAUCUAGGGUAAAAAGUCUUCGCUUGGAAUACAUUGAGGAACCAGUGAGCUCUGUAAAUGAUCUCAUCAAGUUCUGUGAAAAUAGUGUCUUGCCUGUUGCACUUGAUGAGACUAUUGACAACCUCAAGGGAGAUAUAAUUCCUAAGCUUCAUCAAUUUGUUCAUCCAGGAAUAGUUGCUCUUGUUAUAAAACCUAGUGUUGUUGGAGGUUUUGAGAAUGCAGCUCAUAUUGCAAAAUGGGCACAGCUACAUGAUAAGAUGGCUGUCAUCAGUAGCACGUAUGAGAGUUCUAUAGGUUUGGCAUCCUAUAUACAGUUAGCACAUUAUGUUGACCAACAGAACUCGAUAGUCUCCAGAAUAAGAAACAAAGUUACAUGUAGAGCUGCCGCACAUGGACUUGGAACGUAUCAGUGGUUAAGGGAAGAUGUAUCAGAACAAAAGUUAAAGAUCCAUGCAUCCCCACUUGGUGACGGAAUCCGAGCCUCAGUAGAAGAUGCCCAUGGUUAUCUUCACCAUUUAAACAUAAACGAUGACAAGAUACAAAGGACGUAUGGUGAAGAAAAACUUAGGUCAUAUUCUAUCCAAGUUGAUGUGGAUGAUUGUUCUUAUCUAGUCAAACUUCGAGAGGCCGGUGAUCAUACAAAUGAAAAGGUUGUUCUUUUACUUCAUGGAUUUCUUGGUACGAGUGAAGACUGGAUUCCCAUGAUGAAUGCUCUUGCCCCUAGUGCACGAGUAAUUGCAAUUGAUCUUCCUGGUCAUGGCGAGUCACAGAUAUUGCAGCAUCACAAAAAUUCAGAACAAUUUGUUUUAACAGUUCAACUAGUUGCAGAUUUAUUGUUGAAGUUGAUGUGCCACAUAACUGAUGGCAAGGUGGUGGUGGUUGGCUAUUCAAUGGGUGCAAGGAUUGCACUGCACAUGGCACUAAAUCAAGAUCACAAGAUUCGUGGAGCUGUUACAAUAUCAGGAAGUCCUGGAUUGAGAGAUGAAGCAAGCAGAAGACGCCGUAUUGCUAUUGAUAAAUCAAGAGCCCAGUUCCUGAUGUCUUGUGGACUUGAAUGUUUCCUUCAGACAUGGUACUCUGGAAAACUGUGGAGCAGUCUACGAGAACAUCCUGAGUUCAAUUCUCUUGUGAGGACACGCAGUAAACACAAAAACAUCAAAGCUCUAGCUAAGGUUCUUGCAGACUCAAGCGUGGGGAGACAAAAGUCCCUGUGGGAAGACCUGAAGCACUUGAAGAGGCCUUUACUCAUCGUUGCUGGUGAAAAGGAUGCAAAGUUUAAAGACAUCUCGCAGAAAAUGCGCAUGGAGAUAAUGAACCAAGCAGAAUGUGGAUCUGAUGGUCCUAAAGGGAAGGAACUUUGUGAAAUGACCAUUAUCCCAGAUAGCGGCCAUGCUGUGCAUGUUGAGAACCCUCUUCCUUUGGUGAGAGCUGUGAGGAAGUUCUUACUAAAGCUGUAUUGAGGAGAACAUCUGAGUAGAACCGGUAAAUGGAGCAUCAGGUCUUUUGGUACUGUCGUCACAUGCAGGUGAAGAAAGGUCUCAAAUUCGUGCUGCCCAAAAAGAACUGAAAUUUGGUCGGCGUCUGAUCCAAUUCCAGUCAUCGUCAGUCGUUGCAGUAAAAACUUUCCCCGUUUGACCUUAUGGUUAAAAUAGCAAAGCACAAACGCGCGGCUGAUAGAUCCAACUGGCGAUGCCUCUUACGCUGCAUCCGAGGGUUUUUAAACUUGAACCCCAGUGGACUGGCUUCCCUGUGGCUGAGUUAAUCGGUGCAAGUUGCAACAUGUUCCUUGGUGAUUGUCAGGGUUCUGCAUUUCCUACCGAUAAAUUCUCAGCAUGUUCAGACUUGGGAGUACUUCGUAUGCUGUUUGUACAAGGAUUCCUUUCCUAAUGCUCGCUCUCGACUCUCGAGCAGCGGGUUUGGUCAAAAUCUUACUGAGCUGCGGCGAUUCAAGAAGACCUUCGUGCCGAUCCUUUUGUGUAAUAAAAAGUGGCCUGGUCUUGUUGGGAUCCGGGAA